ACUGAUCAGUGGCCUCAGACUGAAACGCGCAUGCGCACAACAGCGGGAACCCUCUCUGCCAGCUCAGCUGACAACAGCAGCUCCUCGGCCAGAUGAUGAUGGCAGACUCUGGAAGUAACGAAGAAGUAGCUGUGAUCGUUAACACCGACAUCACUUCAACAGAAUCCGAGAACAACCUUAUAAACACGAUGGUGGAAAGAGGGACAGCUCUGUUGAGAAAAAUGGAGAUAAACGUGGCAGAGGCAGAGAAAAGAACAGGAAAGAAUACGGUUAACAUGCAGGAAACCUAUACAGUCUACCUCAUAGAAAUACGGCCAGCUGAAACUGUUCCAGAGGGGGGUACGCCUGCCACACCUGACACUUUGUGGAGACGCUACAGUGAGUUUGAGUUGCUGAGAACAUACCUCCUGGUCACCUACCCCUACAUCAUCAUUCCUCCACUACCUGAGAAAAGGGCAGAGUUUGUGUGGCACAAGCUAGCAGCAGACAACCUCGACCCAGACUUUGUUGAGCGACGAAGAGUCGGCCUGGAAAACUUCCUGCUGCGUGUUGCAUCGCAUCCUGUCCUUUCCAAUGACAAAAUCUUCUUCCUCUUUCUGACUGAGGAGAAAGGAUGGAGGGAGGCGGUUUUAGAGACAGGCUUCCAAGACAAGGUUGACUCCAGACUAAAGUCUCUGAGUGCCAUGUUCAGAGUCAAAAACCCUGACAAGCGAUUCACAGCACUGAAACACUACAGUGAUGAACUGAACACUGUCAUCUCUCAGUUACUGAGGGUGCGAGUGAAAGUAGCAGACAGGCUGUAUGGAGUUUACAAGGUCCAUGGUAACUACGGCAGAGUCUUUAGUGAGUGGAGUGCUAUUGAAAAAGAGAUGGGAGACGGACUACAGAGUGCUGGCCACCACAUGGACACGUAUGCUGCAUCAAUAGAUGACAUUCUGGAGGAAGAAGAGCACUAUGCAGACCAACUGAAAGAAUACCUUUUCUACACUGACGCGGUCAGGUCAGUAUGUAGGAAACAUGAGUUGAUCCAGUAUGAAUUGGAGAUAGUAGCUCAGGACCUCGUCCAUAAGAAACAACAGAAAGAAGAGCUGGCUACUGGGACAGUACGUAUCUUUUCUCUGAAGGGGAUGACCAGUAAACUAUUCGGCCAAGAGAGCCAGGAGCAAAGGGAGAGCAGGUUGGCAGCCCUGGAGCAGAGUAUCCAGGAGGGAGAGGAAACGCUCAAAGAGAAAAACACAGAGUGCCACGAGUUUGUGCAAACAGCCUGGGAAGACAUUGAACGUUUUAAGGAGCAGAAGGACAAAGAUUUGCGUGAAGCACUAAUCAGCUAUGCCAUUAUGCAGAUCAGCAUGUGUAAGAAGGGAAUCCAGGUGUGGUCCAACGCCAAGGAGUGUUUCAACAAAAUGUGAGCCACUUUCCAGCCAAUCACUCUCUUGCACCAAAACAAUAGCCAAUCAGAUUGUUCAGAGUGGGAUCAUCAGCCAAUCGUGUAACUGCAGUCUUACGGAGAUGGACCACGGGAGCCCAAAUACUGCCUUCACUUUGUUUGCUACGUUGAAUGAUUCUGUUUCUUUUUCCUCUCUUUCUCCCUCAUGCACACACAUUUAUUUAGAAAGAGUUUCCAAGCCAGUCAUUUGGUGGAUCCAUGUCUUUUUUUUAAAUCCAAGUGUCUUAACGGUACCAUUCUCUUGGCUUUCUGCUGAUGUAGCUUUCAUACUUUUUGUACCUUUUCCUCCUUUGUUGCACAGCUGACGGUAUGUCCAAGAGGAAAAUACUGCACUAAUAAUGCAUGAUAGUUGCACAUUGGGAAUGGCUGUGCAGUGUAUUGUGGUUGUUACACUUCUUUUGAGUUAUCUCUCACCCUGAAAAAUGUACAUUAGUUAUGAGAAGCUGUGCAUUUCAGUCAGUGGUUCAUUUGACUCUUUUUAGAGUUUCCUGCCUUAGAGAAGUUGAAACAAACUGUGUGUUGUGCCUUUCCGAUGUUUUACUUUUAGAGAUUGUACUCUUUCUGAUGACAGAGUGAAAACAAGUUCUACAGCAUCAAGUUUGUUUGGUCUGAUUUUGACCCUUUUAAACACAUUAUUUGUCACUGCACUAAAGCAUAAAACUUUUACUUGGAUAAUGAGCCUGUCGCCCAUGCUAAAGUCUGCAAAAAAAUGUCUCUCUGCAUAAGCAUCUAUAAACCAUGUUCCCAGGCCUCCCAAAUGUAGCAGAACUGCACAUUGAAAUAAAAGGGCCGACGUUAAGGAAUUAGUCUGGAAAUUGUUGCCAGGAAUUAUAUCCAGAAUGAGAAUACUUCUUCUCAGCUUCAAAAAGGAAGUGCAGUCUUUUGAAAUUCUAGUUAUUAAAAAUGUCGGGCGGAGAUCAUUCAGAAACAAGAAAUUAGAUUGUAAGGCUAGGGAACAUAGACCAAGCUUUAGGAAGUCACUACAAAUUCACUUCCUUUUCUUCUUUUCCUGAAAUACGUUUUUAUACACUUCAUGCUGACGUCAGUCUUUAUGCUGUUAUUGAUUGAUAGCCGACCAAAGUGCUUAUGACCAAGUACCAGUCUGUAUAGUACGGACCACAGGAGAGGGGUUGACAAGCUUGGGGUAGUUUUGGUUAUUGAUAUUGUUUUGUUUUUUGUCUUGUGCCAAAUCAAAGAGCCAUGAGUAAGAUACAGUCAUGAAGGCCUUACAGCGUUUUGGUUACAGUAGAGCCUCUUUUUCUUGAACUCAUUAAUGGAGUUUUUGAAGACUGAAACAUUGCACCCCCAAAAACUACCUGAUCUACCAAGUGCAACCAUAAGUGUUGUUAAAAGCAACACACUUACAGAUCAGUGGAGCCUUUUCUUUGCUGUCGAGUUUUAUAGCCUUAAAACGAACAUUGGUUUUGUACAACAGGGGAGGGACAAAAAAUUAGUUUGGCCCUCUUUGCCGACUGUCAAUGUGUCUCACCCCUUUUUCUGAUGUUAAGUUACUGCACUAACUAAUAGGCAUGAGUUCAAAGCAUGCCUUAGGUCAAUGUUUAUGAAAAAUACUGACCAAAUAGUGGAAACCUUUAACUACAGAUAUGUUGGAUCCUCAAAUUCUGGCUCCGUACUUAUGCUAUGUACAUACACAAUACAUGUGCUACUUUUGCUUCCUUAAUGAUAUCCACCUGAGGAGGAAGGAUUAGUACUACUAAUGGACAUGUAAAAGUUGUGCAGAGGUUACUUUCUGUCAGUUUACCCUACCCUUUCAGAAUAAACAAUCAAUUCACUCAAAUAAUCCCAAAUUGAGGCUUUAUGUAUGUUUUUAUAAUAAAUGUGUAAAAUGAGAGAUUGCUUUUAUGUUCAUGUAAUCAUUGUGCUAAGACUCUAAUAAACCUAUUUCUUUUUUUAAACUAUUUUCAGUGCGUUUUCAUAACAAAUAAUGUACAAAUGAGUCUAAGGUGAUACUGAAAGCUACGAUAUGUGACACUGCUGGUUUCACACAAUGUUUACAGAUUACUGAGCCAGGAUGCUUGAUGACUUUUCAUGUAUGGGACAUUUUGUUUUUCUUUGUGUCUAAAAGACUAAAUAAACUUAAAUGAGCACAUUCU